AACUAGAGGUCGACCGAUUCAUCGGAUUUGCCGAUGAAUCGGCGCCGAUAACGAUAACAAUAACAAUCGUUCAUCGGCAAAAAUUCUGACCGAUAGUUUUUUACGGUUGUGUUUGUUGCAUAAGCAACACAGAAGACAGUGGGGAAGCUCUGAUACUGCUCUGCAUUAUAAAGUGGUAGAUCGCCCUCUACUGGUGAAAACUAAACCUUUAAUGCCUCGUGGUGGUUGUUUGGACAUGUGACGUGAACCUACACACCGCAGGGAUCCAGUGAUUUGCCGAACAGAGGAUACAUCGCAGGUGGAUGAAAGAAUAAAACCAAGUGAAAAGAUGGCAAAGGCUUUGAGGAAAGUACCAGUGUGGGAGUAUUUUGUUGAAGUGUCACCAGGAAAGGCACAGUGUAAUAUCUGUGACAAAAUAAUCAGCAUGGGCUCAGCUACAUCUUCAGGUAAAAAUACCACCAACCUGUGGAGUCACCUUAAGCAUGUCCAUCCAGAAGCCAGUGAAGAAGCUAAAAAGAAAAAAGACACAAAAGACCCUUCUCAACCCUCAGUAUCCCAACUUUUUGACAAAAAAACAGAAUGGAAGAAUACAGAUCCAAGGUCUGUCAGGAUUGAUGCAGCUGUCACAGAAAUGAUUGCUGUUGACAACCAACCAUUUUCAGUGGUGUCAGACAUCGGAUUUAAAAGGCUUGUGACCCUUAUGGAACCAAGGUACAGGAUUAAAGAUGAAAAAUUCUACAGAACAAAAAUGCUGGAUGAAACGUAUUCCAGAGUUUUGACCAAAGUAAAAAGUCUAGUGAAACAGGACAAAGCCCCUUUCAUGGCCUUUACAACUGAUUGCUGGUCUGGUACCACCGAAUCCCUGAUGAGCCUAACUGGCCAUUUCAUUUCUGAAGACUGGUCCAGAAUGCAAGUGAUGCUCAAUGUCAAGCCAAUGACUGGAUCACACACAGGCAGUUAUAUCCAAGAAACAUUCCUCAAAAUGUUAGAAGAUUGGGAUAUUGCACCAGAGCGUGUAGUUCUUGUCCUAAGAGAUGGAGGAGCAAACAUGGUAAAAGGAAUGACUCUAGCUGAACUACCUCAUGUAAGCUGCACUGCUCACACCCUUCAGCUCAUUAUCAAUGAUGGUCUAUCUAGUCAGAGAGCUGUCCUGGAUAUUAUUGGUAUUUUGAAAAACUGUGCAACUCACUUUGGGCACUCUGUACUGGCCAAACAGAGGCUAAAGACCAUUCAGGAGGAGCUGGGCCUUCCAGUGCACACCAUCAUCCAGGCAGUUCAAACUCGGUGGAACUCAACACUUCACAUGCUGCAGAGAAUGUACGAACAGAGACGGGCACUGAACGUUUAUGCUGGUGAACACGGCCAUAUCUCCUGCUUAUCUGCUUCACAGUGGGACAUUGUCUGUAACUUGAUUGACACGCUGACUCCUUUAGAAGAGAUCACAUUGGAGAUGAGCCAUUCUGAGUCAUCAGCAGCAUGCAUUAUCCCCAGUGUAUCUGUUUUAAAGCUGAUGCUGCAAGCAGAGGGUCCAUACACGGGGGGGAUUAAAACAUUACGCAAGACAAUGCUAGACAGCCUGUCAAAGCGAUUCUCUAAGGCAGAGGAAACAAAAUGUUUGGUCCUAGCAACUCUCCUUGAUCCUCGAUACAAGGGCCAUGCCUUUGCCUCAGAAAUAACACUGCAAAAUGCAAAACUGUGGCUACAGCAGGAAGCUGAAGAGCAUGGUGCACCCAGAGAAGAACGUCCGAGCUCUACUGCAGAAACACCUGAAGGGGAUGAGGGUUCAGAAUCAGAUCCUGAGGCAAAGAAGCAGAAAAUGCAUCAGUCCACCUUACUGGACACACUGUAUGCCAAGGUCCUUGGAGCCACAGCUAUUUCUAAGGGGCUGUACAGCUUUGAAAGUGAGCUUGAAUGCUAUUUGUUGGAGCCUGUCAUUGAACGUGGUGACAAUCCUCUGCAGUGGUGGCAGAAAAAUGAAGUGCGGUUUAAAACACUUGCACCAAUGGCCAAGAAAUUCCUGUGCCCCCCACCAUCCACUGUGCCAAGUGAAAGAGUGUUCAGUGAGGUGGGCAUAAUUUAUGACUCCAGGAGAAGCCGACUGACUGGACAUCAUGCUCAGCAACUGUGCUUUUUGCACUAUAAUUUAAAAAGUCUGAAGUUUGAGUAUUAAAACGCACAUGCCAAAACAAACUUUUCCUAGACUUUUUGACAUUUUAUUUUAUAUCUGUUUGAUGUUCUUUGAAUAAGUGAUCUUUGUGAACUUUAGUUCAGUCUUGUUAUUCUUAUUUUAAGUUUUAUAUUUAAUAUAUAAAUAUAUUUUAUUUAAAAAUUUAUACCAGGCAUUUUCAGCCAAUGCUGUAUUUAUUUUGUAACUUUUUUUACAAUAGUUAAUGUUAUACUGUUUACAUAUUUUGAAUCUGUUUUUAUUGUUCUUUAGUGUGUUACUUGGGUUUAGUAUUAUUUUAAUUGGCCUACUUUAUUUGUUGGUUUUGUAAUAAAGUAUGUUUAAUUUCAGUGAAUGAGUGUUGUGUUUUGAAUUCAGUAAAUGGUCAAAAACUAUCGGUUAAUUUAUCGGUUAUCGGCAGUUAGGUCCCACUUAAGCUAUCGUUAUCGGCAAAAUCCAAUAUCGGUCGACCUCUAAUUUA